UCUCCCGGACACACAGCUCCAGCACCGACCGCUGGGCCCUCGCCGUGCAAGCACUAGCUCAUCCUCCGAGUGCUUGGUGCACAGUGGCUCCCUUGCCCUCUGGCUUCCCCUGACCCUCCCAACCCCAUUCACAGCCCUCUCUGGGUGUCGGCCCUCAGGCCUGGCAUGGUAGCAACAUCUCCCUGGGGUCAGGGCCCAGCCCUUUUCCCUCCCCCUACACCCCACCCACACCUUUUCCUCCGGUUCUCCGUCCCGCCCCGUGCUGGACCUGACGGGCCAGGCAGCAUGGUGCAGGACCUUUGAGAGCAGUGAUGGCGAACCUUUUGGAGCUUUCAAUGAUACCAUCAGCCUGCUCACUCGUGUUGUAGGUUUGCCACCACUAUUCUAAGGGGAGAUGCAAGGAAGACCCAAAGGGCUGAAGAACUACCCAGGGGUUGGGUGUGGAGUGGCUGCCAGCCCUGGGGGAGCAGUCGAGGGAGCUGGCUGGUGGGAGCCGCUCAGGGACCGUAGACAUCCUUGUCCCUCCCCUGUGGCCACGAGCCCCUUUCCUCAGUAGCCCAGGGAGCCCAGGCAGGGCAGGGGCCCCACCUCCCUCCUCCUGAGCGGUGCCCUUGUCGUGAAUUCCUUGUCGUGAAGCCUGAGCCCUUCCGCCUCCCAGGGCACCUGCAGGCUGCUGCAAUCCGCCCGCCCACACCUCAGUUCACUCUCAGGGUCUCAGCAGCACACGAGCCCGGGUGAUGCUGACGGGAACUUAGGCUCAGAAAACCUAAGAAGCAGGUGGUAGGGACGGUUCUGCCCGAGGACAGGGGCCUGAGGUCGCCCGGGGCCCAAACUCUUCUGCUGACUCUGGGCCUCAUCCUGGGCCGAGGUGAGGUCUCAGCCCUUGCCCAGCUUCAGUUCCAGGCAGGCAAGACAGCAGGAGGAGCCACCCCGGAGCAGGCGGGAGGUCAGCUCAGCGCAGAGGUCAGUGCUGGCCUCACUUAGCCCGGAACCCGGCCUGGUGAAACCUGGCUUGCGGAGCACCCACACCCCAUCACUCAGGCAGGGCGGGUCUGGGAAGCGUUUCAACAAGCGUUGGCUCCACCUCGUCUUCCCGACAGGUGAUUCCCAGGACCUGGCAAGUUCAGGAAGACCGCACAGCCCUCGCUCGGAGCCUCCCUUGGCCUCUGCAACGGCCCCAAAGGCUCCGGGUUGCCCUCUAGUUGGGCAGGGCCAGGGGCAGGGAGCCCCGCCCCACGCAGCCCUGCCCAGAGGCGGGGCCUCACCUGAGGCGGGCAGGUAGGCGGCUGGCCGUCAGCUGGAGGCUUUUGGCCUUAACAGGGGCCAGAAGAGCACACGGGGGUGGGGGCAGGACAGUUCACGGGGAGCCCUCGCCCGCUCACCAUGGGCGAGAGACGCUUUGGCUUCCUGCAGAAACUCGCCUUCCUGGCCCGGGGCCACCAGUACCAGGCACUGCAGAGAGUCGACGAGGAAAGCUCGACUGACGGGCAGUGCCAGCUGGAGGCCACCGAGAGGAGGAGGACGGUCUGGGCCUUGCCACCCAAGGAAGCGUGCAAAUGCCACAGAGAGGACUUGGCAGAGGCGCUUUCUGUGGACCUGGACAGAGGCCUGUCUGAGUUCGCAGUGACACAGCGCAGGCUGGUUCACGGCUGGAACGAGUUUGUCGCUGACAACACGGAACCUGUGUGGAAGAAAUACCUGGAUCAGUUCAAGAGCCCCCUGAUCCUGCUGCUGCUGGGCUCGGCCGGGGUGAGUGUGCUCACCAGGCAGUUUGAGGACGCCGUCAGCAUCGCCAUGGCCGUGCUCAUCGUGGUCACUGUCGCCUUCAUCCAGGAGUACCGCUCGGAGAAGUCUCUGGAGGCGCUGACCAAGCUGGUCCCCCCCGAGUGCACCUGCAUGAGGGACGGGAGGCUGCAGCACCUGCUCGCGAGGGACCUGGUUCCUGGGGACGUCGUGUGCCUCUCCGCUGGAGACCGGAUCCCCGCAGACAUCCGACUCACCCAGGCCACAGACCUCCUAGUGGACGAGUCCAGUUUCACCGGAGAAGUGGAACCGUGCAGCAAAACAGACAGCCCCAUGACGGGCAGUGGGGACCUCAGUACCCUGAGCAACAUCGCCUUCAUGGGGACCCUGGUGCAGUGCGGGAAAGGCCAGGGCGUCGUGAUAGGAACGGGGGAGAGGUCCCAAUUCGGAGAGGUGUUCAAGAUGAUGCAGGCGGAAGAGAACAUGACAGGAUGUUCAUCACGCUAUACCUUUCAGACAGCAGCAUGCACAGACCUCAGGACACCUAAAACGCCUCUACAAAAGAGCAUGGACGGGCUGGGGAAGCAGCUGACUCUCUUCUCCUUCAGUAUCAUUGGCCUCAUCAUGCUCAUCGGCUGGGUGCAGGGCAAGCCGCUGCUCAGUGUGUUCACCAUCGGGGUCAGCCUGGCCGUGGCGGCCAUUCCCGAGGGCCUGCCCAUCGUCGUCACGGUGACCCUGGUGCUGGGCGUGCUGCGGAUGGCCAAGAAGCGAGUCAUCGUGAAGAAGCUGCCCAUCGUGGAGACCCUGGGCUGCUGCAGCGUCAUCUGCUCUGAUAAGACGGGGACUCUGACAGCCAACAAAAUGACGGUGACCCAGCUGGUGACGUCUGACGGGGUCCGCGCGGAGGUCAGCGGAGUCGGCUACAAUGGCCAAGGGACUGUGCAUCUUCUCCCGGCCAAGGAGGUCAUCAGGGGCUUCACCAGCGUCUCGGUGGGGAAGCUGGUGGAGGCAGGCUGCGUGGCCAACAAUGCCGUCAUCAGCAGGGGUGCGGUGCUGGGGCAGCCCACGGACGGGGCCCUGCUCGCGCUGGCCAUGAAGAUGGACUUGGGCGACAUCAAGGACACAUACGUGAGGCAGGAGGAGAUCCCGUUCAGCUCUGCACAGAAGUGGAUGGCCGUGAGGUGCCACUCGAGCCAGGACCAGGGAGACAUUUACUUCAUGAAAGGGGCCUUUGAGGAAGUGAUCCGCUCCUGCACCAUGUACAACUACGGGGGCGUCCCCCUGCCUCUGACGCCCCAACAGGAGGCAUUCUGCCUGCAGGAGGAGAACAGGAUGGGGUCGCUCGGCCUGCGGGUGCUGGCACUGGCAUCAGGGCCCGAGCUGGGGAGGCUGACGUUCCUGGGCCUCGUGGGCAUCAUCGACCCCCCGCGGGACGGCGUGAAGGAAGCAGUCCGGGUGCUCUCAGAGUCGGGGGUGUCCGUGAAAAUGAUAACGGGAGACGCUCUGCAGACAGCCUCGGCCAUAGAUGGAGACUGGUGUCAGGUAGGUGGGGUGACAGUGGGGCGGCGGGGACCACUCUCAGGCCUCAAGCGAGCCCCCAGAGUGGAUUCUCUUGCAGGAAGAGACAUUGGCCUGUGCAAUGGGAAGCUGAGAGCCAUGUCGGGGGAAGAAGUGGAGAGCACAGAGCCAGGCACACUGGUGGGCCUCGUCAGGGAGGUGUCUGUGUUCUUCCGGACCAGCCCAAAGCACAAGCUCAAGAUUAUCAAGGCGCUGCAGGAGUCAGGGGCAAUCGUGGCCAUGACGGGCGACGGUGUGAACGACGCAGUCGCCCUUAAGUCUGCAGACAUCGGGAUCGCCAUGGGGCAGGCGGGGACGGACGUCAGCAAAGAGGCCGCCAGCAUGAUCCUGGUGGAUGACGACUUCUCAGCCAUCAUGAGCGCAGUGGAGGAGGGCAAGGGCAUCUUCUACAACAUCAUGAACUUUGUGCGGUUCCAGCUGAGCACGAGCAUCUCAGCCCUGAGUCUCAUCACUCUGUCCACCGUGUGCAACCUGCCCAGCCCGCUCAACGCCAUGCAGAUCCUGUGGGUGAACAUCAUCAUGGACGGGCCGCCGGCGCAGAGCUUGGGGGUGGAGCCCGUGGACAGGGACACCCUGGGGCAGCCACCACGGAGCAUGGAGGACACGAUCCUGAGCAGGGCGGUCCUCCUCAGGAUCCUCAUGUCCGCCGCCACCAUCAUCAGCGGGACCCUCUUUGUCUUCUGGAGAGAGGUCCCCGAGGACAGAGCCAGCACACCCCGCACCACCACCAUGACCUUCACGUGCUUUGUGUUCUUCGACCUCUUCAACGCCCUGACCUGCCGCUCCCAGGAACCGCAUGUUCCUCUACUCGGUCCUCGGGUCGCUGCUGGGCCAGGUGGCCGUGAUCUACGUCCCGCCCUUGCAGAAGGUCUUCCAGACGGAGAACCUGGGGGCCCUGGACCUGCUGUUCCUAACUGGCCUGGCCUCGUCCGUCUUCAUCUUCUCGGAGCUCCUGAAGCUCUGCGAAAAGCGCUGCUGCUCCUGCGCCAGGAAAGCCCAGGAGCCCCCCGAGCACCCCUGAGCGGCCGUGCUGCCCGGGGUCUGUGGCCUGCCCUGGACACAGCGGGCGCAGCAGCCCAUGCGGCAGGCUUCUGGGCGAUCCCUGGAGCCUCAGCAUCUGGCCCUUGGCACUGGGCUCUGGAGGAGCUGCAGGCCAUGCUGUGCUAUUUAUUAAACCACAGCGGUUUUUAUUGCGCUCACUGGUCAGGUCUUUGGGCCACAGGGCUCCCGGGGAGAAGGAACACCGGGCCCCACUGCCGGCCACUCCGAGGCCCUCGAGGGGUGGGGGUCCCGUGAAGUGCUGUGACAGAGCCGGGUGAUUAUUUUAGGUUUGCUCCCCAGCACAAAAAACCAAAACCAAA